AUGGGCAUCAAGGGUCGUAGGAAGCGCCAACGGGAGCGAGAGGCAAAAGCUGCCAAUGGCAAGGCAGGAUUGGACAACGAGUACGUGGAAGAAGGGGAGGAAGAAGUCGACUCCGGCGCCGAUGAUGUAAUGGUGAUGGGAAGUGGCCCGUUUCGCCCACCGGUAGGUCCUCACGGUAAGUUGCUUAUUAAGAAAACAGAAUUGUACAACAUGCAAGACACGGAGUAUCUCGACCGCCUCGCAGAAGAACACGCCAAUCGCCGCACAACACAUCUUCGAAAGACAAGGAGCAGGGAAGGACAGAAAGACACUGCUUCUGAGACGGAUAAGUUGCUGUUGCAUCAUUUUGACAAUGAAGAGGAUUUCCAGACCCUUUUCAACACUGGGGGUGCGAAGGCAGGUACGAGACUUAGCAACAUCACUGAAGUUUUGGAUGAUGAAGCCAGAGUUCGUAGGGUACGAAAGAAGGUUGAGACUGGUGCACGAUUUAACCACCCGCUUAUUGGGGUUAAUGAAAACGUUGUUCAAGCACUUCAGCAGGAGGGAUUUUGCCGAAUGACACCCAUUCAGGAGCGAGUUAUACCCUAUGCCCUUCAGGGCUACGAUCUCCUCGGUCAGGCGCAGACUGGUUCAGGGAAAACACUAGCCUUCUGUGUGCCGGUGCUUCAUUCCAUCAUCGGUCUCGUAAGUAAGCGGCCGAAUGUCACGUACAGUUUAAUGCUUUCCCCCACCAAAGAGCUGUGCGUACAAACACAUGAUGUGCUGAGGGGGAUAUGUCAACACAUUUCUAGUGAUAUUGCUGCGUUUUCCGUACACCUCAUUACUGGGGGUACAAAAGUGUCAGAGGAACGGCGGCAACUUAACUCAGGCGUUUCCAUAGUGGUUGGAACGCCGGGACGUAUACAUGACCAUGUUCAGCAUUGCUCGGGGUGGGAUCUCUCCCGGCUACGCGCUCUCGUUCUGGACGAAGCAGACCGAAUGCUGGCCGACGGUUUUCAGAGAAGCCUUGAUGCCAUUGUUCAGCGACUGCCGCGCUCCCGUCAGACGUAUUUGUUUUCAGCAACUAACUCGAAGUCUAUUGGGGAGUUGGCCCGGCUUUCGCUUUCUCGCAAGCCACUCUUCAUCACGACAACAGGCAGUGCCCCGAUUCCGGUACAAUUAGGUACCGAAGCUUUUGAUUCUGCGGUAGCUGCGGGUUGUGUUGAUGCUGCAUCUGCCACCUUUCCACCGUACUGCUCUUAUGAUGAUCCGGAUGUUGAUGACCAGCUUAAAAGAGGGCGAGCGUCAGACACUGGUGGCAAUGAGGCGGGAGGUGACAUCAAACCCAUUCCGGACACUCUUCGACAGUUCUGCCACAUUACCCCUGUGCAUGAACGCUUACUCUGCUUGUACGCGUUUGUCAAGCGCGUUGCCCGCACAUCGAAGGCGAUGGUGUUCUGCUCUACGGUGGCCAGCACUAUAUUUCACUUUCAAAUGUUGGGAUCCGUUGGGUUCCAUAAUGAAGUGAUAAUGCUGCAUGGACAAAUGAAGCACCGCCAGCGCGUGGCGGCAUUUCAAGCGUUCAAUGAAUGGACAACCGGCGUGCUGCUUUGUACCGACGUUGCCGCUCGCGGUUUAGAUAUUCCGGAUGUGGAGUGGAUUCUGCAGUACGAUCCCCCUCUUGACCCCACAGAAUACGUGCAUCGCAUUGGGCGCACAGCUCGCGCUGGUAAUGUCGGUAAUGCGUUACUGUUUCUGACUCCUGAGGAGGCGGGCUUUGUGCGUUACCUCUCAAAGUUUGGUAUUUCACUUGAAAAGUACCCAAUGCCAGCCAAGCUCCCCCCCAUCCAGAUGAAGUUGGAACACGUACUGCAGUUGGAUCCCAUCGUGGCGAAGAGUUCCGUAAGUGCGUUCCGAGCUCACGUGGGCGCAUACCAGAGUCACCUCCUUCAAAACAUAUUCAACGUUCACCGGCUAGACUUGGAGGGACUGGCGCGGAGCUUUGCCCUAUCAGCGGUGCCGAGUGUCUCACUCCCAAGCAGCUCCGUGGAAGAGAAGCAGCAGGAGUAUGUUAAGGGGAAGUUAAAGUCCCUGAACAAACGUCGGAUGGAGGCGAAGAGGUACUACGAGGCACAGAAAACAAAAAAACAGUGGACAGAAGAUGGGCAAUUUGUUGGAAUGGCUUUUCCGAAGUCUUAA